AUGAGUUCCUCCCAGGAAUACUAUGUUAACAACACCAGUCCUGACCCUUAUGAUCAGAUCAUCGUCCUCUCGCAGAAGGUGAUCAAUGCAGGGUUCAAGAACAUGUGGAAGCUCGCCCAGGGGGAAGACGAGGGCCCCUUGACACACUUCCACAAAAGCAUACACGGCGAGUCGAUCGACGCGACUGUUGGGGCCCCUUCCGUGCAGCUCCAUGUCGAAAGCCGUGAGCCCAUGUUGUAUUUCCUGUUAGCUUUGAAGACGGGAAAAGUGGUCCUGUACAAAAGCCAGGAGUCCGACGAUACCAUCGAACUCGACAUCGACAACUGGGUCCUCGCCUUCGAUGUGGUGAUCAACCAGAAGAAAAUCUCGAAGGACUCGGAUGAAUACAAGAAGUUCAAAGAGCGUGCAGGGCUUCCCGAGUCGAACUUUUCUCUCGCGCAGCUCUUCAUCGACUCGUCAUCCAGCACCAAGUUCAACGAGGAUAUCACGACGCUCGGUAAAACCAAGUUGAGCGAUCUGAGCGGUGACUCUCGGGCUAGCUUGCUUACGUUCAUUGAUCACUGGAUUAAGGGAAUGUCCGAGAAUGGCAAGAGUAUUCUAGGAUACUCCGCCCAGCGCGAGGCAAGCAAAAGCGCCGAUGAACGUAAGAGAGCCUCUCACGGAUCCAACAAGGAUUACCAGGACGACAACGCCAUGUCCUACCUAUUGAUGUCGAACUUCAAGAACCCUCCGGCUGAGGGUGCCAUGGGCUACACCGGACCGUGGGUUGAUGGCGCAGGCGAUCGAGGGGCCUCGUUCUGCAUGAGCCGCACCUUGUUCUGGGAAUGGAUGCUGCCGCUGGCCAGACAGGUGGUGGUGGCCAUGACUCCGGUGCCGGACACCCCAUACCUCGAGUGGGUGGGAACCCCGGCCGACACACCUUAUGGCUUUUGGACCAGGUAUCAUAUCGGCGAUGCCGGGGCGUCGGACAGCAGUUAUAAAUGGGUUCCAAAUGCGUACGGCGGAUGGUCCACGAGCACCGAGGAUAAGUCCACGGCGAAGAAAGUCAACAAACCCGGUAGCGGGAGUGAUUGGAUGAAUGCGGCACAGUAUGUCACCAAUAUCCAGGCGACGGUCUCUUUCACGGCUGGAAAAGAAAGCCUCACAGUGAAGGGAGGCAAUGACUUCAAAUAUGACCUCAAUCAUCACAGAUCCUCAGGGAGUCCCACCGAGUUCUGGGUGACUGUACACACCACAUGGGAACUCGAAAUUGAUAUGACCUCGAUUGAAGAGGGCGGGAUUGUCUUUCGUCCCAAGGACAGCAAUGACCACGUGCAGGUCACGUACGAGGAAGGUGGCGGUAUGAGAUUGACUGAUACCGCGAAGAAUAUCGCCGACGAGAUGGCAGACGACCUCAAGGCAAGCAUGAAUUCUGCACUGGAUAGUGUCAGUCACGUCUUGGCCGAGGCGAUGGCCAACGCAAACCGCCUCUGCCUCCCGGCCGCCGGGACUUUCUUCAUGAAGGAUCCUCUCUUCAACCAGAGCGGCGAUCUGCUGGUCAAGCUGGCAUACGAUGGGGCGGAUCCUCCACCACCCCCGCCCACAGGGAAAUACAGAUCCCGGCCCCCGACGUUGAACAGUGUGGUUCGUCGCGUGGAUUCUUAG